UAGAGGAAAAUCGUAAAUUUUAAAAUCGAAAAAUAAUUGCCUUUUUAGUAUUUUUCAAUCUAACUGUCAUAAAAUUUUUUGCAUAACUCUUGUUGAUGUCUAAUUAAUGUUGUACGAUGGUAAAUUGUGAAACAUUUCUUUCCUACCUGCCGGGGUUAAUGAUUUUAUCGCUGUUGCGACAAUGGCUCAGAUAGAGAUCUCUUCCCACUCGGGUGCCCGACACUCGCUGUCUGAGAAAGUGUCGUAAGACGAAGAUUUGGCGACAUGAGAAAAUAAUCGGGAACGCAAAAAGAAUACGGUGGAUUAGCGGCGACCCCUCUUCUUGCGCGGGACACACAUUGUAUUUGAUUGCAGCCAUGAUUCUUGAUCAGAUCUAAGGAUAUCUGUGGGCAAGUCCAUAAAACGCAGGAGCAAUUUAGAUUGGGAUGUUAUACCUGCUUGUCUUUAACGUGGAUUGGAUAUAAAUCUUCGAAUGACUUACAUAACGAUUCUAACAUAUAGCAAGGCCUUCAUGUCUUGUAGCGGUUAUUGGUAAACCACUUAAUUAUGGUGUACAAGAUAAGAACAGGACAUUAAUGAAAACUAAUUACUAUCAUGUUCCUUAAUGCGGACCAGAGUCAUAGCACCCACUGACAAAUUUUUGGAGGCGUGAACAUUCAGGAAAUUUAUUUAUCUAGGAGAAACAACCAACACAGAAUCAGAGGAAACUUGGCGAUUUAUUUGGUUUUAUCUAGUCCUAUUUAUCAUAUAUUUAAUUUCUAUGAAUUUAUUUUCAUGAAAGACAUUCUCCAGAAACUUUCUAAUUGAUUCCCUUCCUCGAAGUUAUCUUGUUAACUUAUAAACUAAAUUACGGGCCAGACACUCUAAUAACUCUUAUUGGAAACCUCUGGAUUUUUAUCUUCACAGAUUCAAAUGAGAGAAAAUUUCACAAGACCGCGUCUGUGAACAUUUGACUAUUUUGUCUUUGCCAAAAAAGAAAAGAAAUAACUCAAAAAUUGGAAUUUUAAGUUUGCAUAAUUUGAUUGGCGACGCGUGCCUUGCGAAGAACGCGGGAUGAAACAAUACUAUGAAAGGAUUGACGCAUUUGGACGCCUCAGCAUGCCGUAAAAUUUUCAUAGGAGCACUCUUCAUCCUUGUUUUUGCGAGCCAUUCUGAGACCCAGUUAAUAGGAAGCAUAAGGCGAUGUGAAAAAGAAGGUGAAGAAAUUUUCAUCCCAAAUAUUACAGACAAUCCGUGUAUAUCCUGUUUCUGUAAGAAUAAAGAAGUCACAUGUCGGCGAACUAGCUGUCCCAAUCUUGAAGGCUGCCAUAUGAUAUUGUAUGAGAACUUACAAGAGAAACAGAAGUGUUGUGAGAUGUGUAAAGGCUGUACUUACCAGGGUACUGAGUACACCAGUGGAGAGCAGUGGAGCAGCCCAGACAACCCCUGUGUCAAGCUCUCGUGUAGGGCAGGAGUCAUAACAAGGGCCACAACCAAAUGCUUCUCCCAUUGCAAGAACCCCGUUACUGUACCGGGACAGUGCUGCCCUAUUUGUCAAGGUUGCCUAGAUAAUGGUAGAACGUAUCAGAAUGGUGAAGACUUUACCCUCAGCACGGACGUCUGCACAAAAUGUACAUGUCAGAAUGGCAAUGUGUCCUGUGCGAAGGAGGUUUGUCCAUUGCUGAAUUGUCCAGAAUCCGCCAUUGUACAUAAAGAAAAUGAAUGUUGUCCUUCUUGUGAAGGUCAAAGAAAAGUGUUUAAUUUACCUCCGGGAUUUUGUUUCUUUCAAAAGAAAAUCUACAAAACAAAUGAUGUCUUCAAACCAGAAGAAUGUACCCGGUGCACGUGUUUGAUGGGGACCAUUGUCUGUGAGAGGGAGAUCUGUCCACCUAUCACAUGUGACGUCAAUAUGACCGUCAAGAGGGAGGAUUCCUGCUGUAAAGUCUGUCCUCAAAAGGAAAUCUGUGACUAUGAGGGUGCCACGUAUCAGGAUUCUGAAGUUUGGCAGCCCAAUAUCUGUACUAAAUGUUCCUGUGAUGACGGCACCACUAGGUGUCGGGUCCAGCAGUGUAAGACAUCCAGCUGGUGUCCACCGGGUUAUAAAUUAAAGUAUUUGGACGGUGAAUGUUGUCCCAGAUGUGUAGAAGCCAGUGGAAUUUGUACAGUGUUUGGUGAUCCUCAUUACAGGACGUUUGACGGGAGGAUCUAUAAUUUUCAGGGAGCGUGUAAAUAUUUAUUAGCAGAGGACGAAGUGACUAAAAAGUUUUCGGUGACAGUGAGAAAUGACGCUAGAUCCUCGCCGUGGUAUACAUGGACAAGGAUGUUAACAGUAUUUAUAGGAAAAACUAAAAUAGGGCUUCAUCAAAAGCUAAGAGUCAAAGUCAACAGAAAAAGAAUCAAACUUCCUUAUAAGAAUAAGGAUCCCGACUUUUCUAUUCAUAGAGAUGGAAAUUCGGUGAUAUUCAAGGCUGUGUUUGGAUUACAGAUCGUUUGGGAUGGAGACAGUUUCGUAGAACUCACUGUGUCAAGUCAGUACAAACGCCGAAUGGCUGGACUUUGUGGGAAUUAUAACGGGUUCGGUGCUGAUGACCUUCAGGGUCGCGACCGUAAAUUGUAUUUAGACAGUGAAGAAUUUGGGAAUACUUGGCGGGUAGGCAGCAAGGCAGCUUGUGUUUUGAGUCAUGAGAAAUCAGAACAAUCGUCACUGUGUGAUGGGGAUAAAAGAAGGCGAAAAAGGGCGAGGGCCGCCUGUAGUUUUCUUCUGGGAAGUGUGUUCUAUAAAUGUCGACGUCGGGUAGAUGUGAGGACUUAUUACAGUUCAUGUAUUUCUGAUAUGUGUGAUUGUCCAAAAGACAAAAUAUGCGCAUGUGAAUCUUUCAAAGCCUACUCACAUGCCUGUCUCCGUGAAAGUGUCAGUAUCCGGUGGGAGAGGCAUAUAUUAUGUCCGAAUCGAUGUCCAAGAGGAGCUAUUUUCAAAAGUUGCACCAAGCGUUGUUCUAAGACCUGUGAGGAACCAAAGAGGACAGGUCACUGCAGGGAUAAAUGCCAGCCUGCCUGUAUCUGUCCAGGGAGAAGGGUACUCCAUAAUGGGAAGUGUAUAGCGCCGAACAUGUGCCCUGGUGUCUCAUAAUCCGUCCAUAUCUAUGUUAUGAAUUUUAUUUAUUUGCCAGUAUGCAUGUUUUAUUGCAAUUUGUUUUCAUUCUGAGAGAUUAAAAACUACAAUUUUA